UGGACCCCAGGAGAAGGAAUAGAGCAGAGCCACAGGAGAGCACCAGACACUGGAAAGGCAUGAUGGCAGGAACCAGUCUAGGGGCCCGCUUCUACCGGCAGAUCAAAAGACAUCCAGGGCUCAUCCCAAUGAUCGGUUUCAUAGGUCUGGGCAUGGGCAGUGCUGCGCUCUACUUGCUUCGACUCGCCCUACGCAGCCCAGACGUAUGCUGGGACCGGAAGAACAACCCAGAACCCUGGAACCGUUUGAGCCCCAAUGACCAAUACAAGUUCCUUGCAGUUUCCACUGACUAUAAGAAGCUGAAGAAGGACCGGCCAGACUUCUGAACAGACUGGGCUCACGAGUUCCAUGUAUACCACAAACUCAUUUCUUCCAUUCCCUGCUCCCAGACUCUGGGGCGUCAGUCUGGCCAUUUUGUCAAGCUUCUGCUUAUACAGGCUGGGUUCCCACGCAGAGAGAAAGCAACUCCACCCCCACCAUCCUCCCUUGCUCCCAGCAGCGGAAGUGUCUCUGACCCUUGGAUCUAGUCCCACUUGGGGGAGGGGAGUCAGGGGAGUCAGGACGGCAGGCAGCAGCUGGGUUCAACCCAAAGGGCUCCAGUCAGCCCCUCUGCACUCCAACCCCAUACUUGCAGGGUGUGGUGCAGGCUACGUGUUGAGCGUGGCUGACGUGAGCCAACAAGCAGGGACCUCGGAGUGCCAAGCAACGUGGCAGGUCCCACGUGAGCCCAGGCUGAGUGCCUGCCCAGGGGUGGUGCUGCUCAGGCUCGAAUGGGCUCGUCGCCUAUGCAAAGCCUGCCUAGGCUGGGGCACCCAUACCAUGCUACAUGCUCCUCUCUUGCCCAAGCCUGCUGCCUCCCAUACUGAUGGCACCCCCUCCCUGCAUGUACCUGGCCCUCCCCCUGCAGCUUCCCAUGGCUCCUCUCCCCUCCCCUCCCUUGCUCCCCUCUGUCCCAGGGGAUCAAACAGAAGCAGCCGUGGGCAAAAUACAAUUUCAUUUAACAAAUUGAA